GUGAGCGUGUUGUUCUGCGUGGUUGGUGCGGUGCUGUGCGGGAGGCUCGUGGGCCAGCUCUUCCUCUGCUUCUUCCUCCUCUUCCUCCUCGCGGACCAUGGACGGGAAUCAGAGUUUCCUUCUUCUCUCAGCUGCUGCGCGACCAUGAGCACGUCCGACCUGCCAACAGUGGAUGGCACUGAUAGGCUGUGUGUGUCUGAGCGUGCUCAGUGCGUCCCGUGUCGUGUCCUUCAUCUUCGUCACCUUCCUGCUGACGUCUCUGAACAGGAAGUGCUCGCUGUGGCACUUCCUUUCGGCCGAGUCCAUAAACUGAUCACACUGAGGCACAAAAACCAGGCGUUUGUAGAGAUGGCGUCAGAGGAAGCGGCGGUUGCCAUGGUGAACUACUACACCUCGGCCCCGCCCACCAUCAGGAACCAGCCAAUCUUCAUUCAGUACUCCAACCACCGCGAGCUGAAGACCGACAGCCUGGCCAAUCAGAGAGCUCAGGUGGCGCUGCAGGCCAUCAGUGCUGCAGCAGUGCAUUCUGGGAACAUGGCGUCCGGAGGGGAGGGGCGGGGCUUCGCUCCCGGUCAGAGUCCCGUCCUGCGAAUCAUCGUCGAGAACUUAUUUUACCCCGUUACCCUGGAAGUCCUGCAGCAGAUCUUCAGUAAGUUCGGCUCCGUGUUGAAGAUCAUCACUUUCACCAGAAACAAUCAGUUUCAGGCUCUGCUGCAGUUCAGUGACACCGUGCACGCUCAGCACGCCAAGGCUGCUCUGGAUGGACAGAACAUCUAUAACAGCUGUUGCACUCUGAGGAUCGACUUCUCUAAACUGAGCGCGCUCAACGUGAAAUACAACAACGAGAAAAGCCGAGACUUCACCCGAGCUGAUCUACCGAGCGGAGAGAUGGAGCCGGCUGCCUUCGGUGUAGCUCUCCCUCCAUACGGAGCAGCAGCGUUUCCGUCCUCCUUCCAUCAGCACACAGGAAUGUCGAUGGCCGUUCCCGGCUCCUUGGUUUCCCCCCCCCGCGUCUCGCUGCAGGUGGCGCCCCCCCCUGGUCACUCGGUGCUGCUGGUGUCCAACCUGAACCCAGAGAGCGUAACGCCCCAAUGCCUCUUCAUCCUGUUCGGCGUUUACGGCGACGUGCAGCGAGUUAAAAUCCUUUUCAACAAACAGGAAAACGCUUUGGUUCAGAUGAGCGACGGCACGCAGGCGCAGCUCGCGAUGAGUCACCUGAACGGCCAGCGUCUCCAUGGAAACGUGAUUCGGGUGACGCUGUCCAAACACCCGGUGGUGCAGCUUCCUCGGGGGGGGGCGGGGCAGGACGAGCAGACGCUCACACGAGAUUUCUCCGGCUCCGCUCUGCAUCGCUUCAAGAAACCCGGAUCCAAAAACUUCAACAACAUCUUCCCUCCGUCAGCGACGCUGCACCUGUCCAACAUCCCCUCGACGGUCGGUGACGACGUCCUGAAGGAUUUGUUCUCGUCCGCCGGAUUCACCGUCAAAGCCUUCAAGUUUUUCCAGAAGGACAGGAAGAUGGCGCUGAUGCAGCUGGCGUCGGUGGAGGAAGCCAUCGAGGCUCUGAUCGCUCUGCACGACCAACAGCUGGACCACAACCAGCACCUCCGGGUCUCCUUCUCCAAGUCCACCAUCUGACCUUUGACCUUUGAGGCCCCAGACUGUCAGCAGAGUUAAAACAAGCAAACUUAAAGUCAAACUCCAGAAACAACACAAGGUGUUUCCUUCUCUGUGCCCCC